GACGGCAAGUCUUACAAAGUAUACUUAUCGGUUAUAUUCUUCCAGGAUGGCGGAAGCGCAAGCUGAUACAAGUCGAAAGCGGAAGACAAGGAGUCGAUUUGGUUGCUGGCCAUGCAAAGCGAGAAAGAUAAAAUGCGGUGAAGAGAAGCCAGUUUGCGGGAAUUGCCAACGGGUCAACGAUACCUGUGACUAUAGCGUCCGCUUGAAUUGGGAGGGAAGGUCCAAGAAAAGGUUCCAAGUCGAAGCAUCCUCUAUCACCAAAUCCAAUAUGCAGAGGAAUAGCAACUAUGCAAAGAGCUCGGAAGUUGUGAUCGAUUUGGGUACGGCUAUAUCUGCCUCACGCCCUGGUGCCCUGGAUGUAGGAUUGACACUCUCUCGUCCAUCGUUGAUGUCAAAAGAGGGGUCCUUAUGGAUUGCCGAUUCAUCUCAUUCUCCGAACCAAAAGUCUGAUCCAAUAUACGGCGGAGAUGUUGAGACCGUGCUAUCCAUUGGACAGCAUGGCCAGCGUUCUUGGACAACCCACGAUACCAUACCUACCAAGGUUUCGGCAAAUGAUGAUCCCACGCCGCCAUAUCCGAUCUUACCAUGCCCUCCACCACUCAAGGCGUUUCUACCUUUACCCCGCACUCCAAAAUCGACCAGUACCUCCGACGAUACAACAUCCAGGACGUCCAUCUCUGAAAGCGUGGGGAGUCCUCGAACCUCACGAUCCCGACGGAUGGAGAUUAGCUCUCUCCUCUCCAGUCCGGUUCGCGAGUCAUUCGAUCCAGAUGCUGUACAGGCAGGAACCUCAAGACCGAGCUCUCCUGAAGCACCAUCCAUAUACGCUUACGGAUAUGAUAUAGGAGAACCGGAUCGUGACCGGCCCAAGAAUGACGAUGGCGAAGCGAUUAGGGAUUUCUGCCUAUUUCCAAGACCGAUCCAUUUCAAUCCCAAGUCUAUGAGGCCACGGUCACUCAUGAACGAUGCGGACAAGUCGCUCGCCUUUUCACCUGGAGGUUAUUACUCCUCACCGGUCCCGAUUACAAUACCGGCAGCCCUUCAACCUCUUCCGACUAGUUUGACGGAGAAUCCUAUGCACCUCCUUUAUUUCCAUCACUUCAUCAACCACACUGCUCGAGCCCUGGUGCCGCAUGACUGCUCGCUGAAUCCGUUUCGCUACCUUCUCCCUCAAAUGGCGAUCCGAGAUCGAUAUUUGCUGAACCUUCUCCUAGCGUAUUCGGCCAGCCAUCGAGCGCGACUUCUAGGACACACAGAACCACACACGCGGAUUGCGAUGCUUAUGGACGGGAUUUUCCCGAAACUCCAACAAGAUAUUGUGAAUGCCGCUUCACAUGUGUCGGACAGCUGCCUAGCUACCGCGAUAAUGCUUGCGUCACUGCAGAUCAUCUCUCCCAGCACAUUCGGAGUCACCAUCCCAUGGCAAACUCAUUUGAAUGUUGCACGGCAAAUGGUCCUUCUUCGAGAAAGCCUGAACACUUCCGGCCGCGACAAUGUCUCCAACUUCCUGCUCCGAUGGUUCGCCUAUCUCGAUGUUAUAGGCAGCCUGACGGAUGGUACGAGGCGCGAGUCUACGCUGCCCGCGAAAUAUUGGUCGGAAGCAUAUGAGUUCGAAAAAGAUUACAUUGACUGCCUCUUUGGAUUCGAUAGUCGCUAUCUCAACAACCUCGCAAACAUUGCCGAACUGGCUCGAGCGAAUGAUUCUGGCACGGUUGAUUCUGCCGACCUAAUGGAGACCUCCAUGAUCAUCAAAGACGAACUUUUGGCAGGUAUUAAGCAGUCAUGUCGGCCUUGCAGUUGGUCUGAUUCCUGCUCAACAGCAGGCGGCGAGCAUGACGGGUCAAUAGAGAUGGUGGCUGCUAACGAAGCGUUCCACUGGGCUGGGCUGAUCCAGCUCUACACUCGUGUGUUGGGAAAGCCAAUAUCAGUAAACGAGACCCAAGAAGCCGUGCAGGGAAUUGUCAAUUCCCUAUCAAAGAUCCGGAAAGGAGGGUCGGUAGAGGCGUGUAUCCUUUUCCCGAUAUUUGUCGGGGGCGAAGCGGCGCUUCAGGAUGCUCAUCGUCACACCAUUCUUGGAAGGCUGCACAAUUGUGAAAGUUUCGGGUUCAGUCAUGUAUGACGAUGACUGUUUAUGAUGCCAUCAUAUGCUGACGAAAACUCUAGGUCCAAAAGGCGCGAGAGCUACUUCAGGACGUCUGGCGAACGGGGAAGAUGAGUUGGCAGCUUCCUGGAUCCAACCUUUUCAUCGGGUAGUCCGAGCUACCCAAGGGCCAUCAGGAGACAUCCAUUGAAGCUAACCUCGGGUUCAUGAAUAUUCAGUUUCGAGUUUCGAGUUAAUCACUGCCAAAGCGGUGAGUGUCAAUAGUUAGUCGAGGCGGUGACGUUCAAUGAAAUUCCAACCGCAGUAUUAAAAUGCGUGACUGGCGCCAAUGGGCUGCCCAACCACAGUCC